GAGGAAAUAGUUGUUUAUGUGAAUGCUUGCUUUGAUUUAGCAAAUAGUAAGCUAGAAAUGUAAGGAUUGCUUUAAAUAUGAUUUAAAGCUAGAAGAAAGGGGAGAAGAAAUCCAGAGGUGAAAGUGACAAAAAGUUUGGUUGGCCACGUGCUGUGCCAUGAAAGACAGGAAACGACCGCCAAAGGUGCCUCUCGCUUUAGUUCCGGUUUUAUUAUUAAUUUUUUCAACUAUUUCGAGUUAAAUCCAUUCCACCAUAACAAAUUCUCGUUGUCGACGUUAAUAACUCAACUUUUUACUAUCACCCAUCCUGGUUAUUGUAUAGGAAGACAUUGAUAAGCAGAAAGUUUACAACUUUGAAACCCUCCCUUCUCUAUUUGUCAUUACUAGAAAGGCGAGGCGACACAGUUUCUCUAUAACUUGUUACCGUCCCCGCUCUUCUGCUGUUUGCCCUCCUUUUUCUUUUUCCUUCUUCGCCUUCACACAUGCACGGAUUCUGUAGACCAUUAUAAUACACACCUACACAGAAAUAUACACAGAGAGAGACCCUGUUGAAAAAUUAAUGGCUUCACUUCCACGAGUCUCGGAUAGGAAUAAACAGAAGAAACAGAAAAACAACUGCGGAUGGGUGCGCCUAAGUAAGUUUAUGGCGGAGGAUCAGGAUCCAUCUCUUGUCGAUAAAAUGGUAAAGAACACGUCUUCGAGUUCGCCAUCUCAACACGAAAACUGUUGUAAUGGCCAUCACCACCACCACCAACAGCAACAACACAACAAAAUCAACAACAAUAAUAAUGAUAUUCAUGAUAACAACAGUGAGAGCAACAAGUCUUCUUCUGGGGAGUCCGACCCUGAAAAAGUUAGGGAAAGUUAUGAAACAAAUGUUUUAUCAGGUGAACAGUCUGAAAAACAACAGGAAACAUAUUGCAAUCACUCUCAUACAGAGAUUGCCAAACCAGCUGUUAAACGGAGAGGAGUACGUCCUGUGGAACGUGAACGUAUGCGACCCUGGUUGAGUAGACUUCUGAAUGUUGGAGACAUUCCAGGCUUGCAUUGGAUUGAUAAAAAGAAGAAAAUCUUCCGCAUUCCUUGGAAGCAUGGUUCUAGCCAAAACUGGACACCAAAUGAUGCCAAUUUGUUUGUAAAAUGGGCUGAACACACUGGCAGGUUUGUACCAACAGAAGACAAGCCCAACACAAAACGCUUUAAAGCAACAUUUCGCUGUGCCUUAAACAGUCUACCCGAUUGCAAAGAACUCUCUGAUUUAAACCAUAAGGGUGGUACGAAUGCUUACAAAGUUUACCAAUUCUUUUGUAACAAGAAAAAUUGUCCAUUUAAUGAAGAUAAAGAAGAUGACAAACAAAAAUCUCUCUUUAGAGAAAUCAGACCAAAGAGCCCUCCAAAAAGAAACCAUUCAGUAGAUUCUUCCAUGUCUUGUAAUAGCCUUUCUGAAUCUGACAGUUCUGAAACUCUGCUCAGCGAUAGUGAAGUGGCCAAUACAUUGCUACAGCUCCACCGUGGAACAAUUCGAGCUCCAACUGUAACACAGACUCCCAUUACUUGUGACACUUCAUCAUAUUCUAACCCUACUGCUGAUGCUGUUGAUGCCUUGACACAGUUAACUCGGUCUGACAGACUUUCUUGUCCUGUACCACUUCCUGUUGUCUCCAUUAGCUCACCACCUGAACUUCCAGUCACCACACCUAUUGCUGUUACCAUCACACAACCCACCAUCAAUUUACUUCAGUGUGCUGCACCCACUGUAGUACCUCUUACACCACCAGCUGAAGUUCCUCUUCUAAUUCAAAAUCCUCAUUUGACACCACAGAAUCCUUUUUUCCCAAAAGUGACUGAGUCCACCCAAUCAUUGCCAGUUACAUCAUGUCCCAAACACAAACUUCUGUCAGAUCACUGUUAUAUUGAUGAUGCACCAUUAAAACCUCAAGUGAGAGUCAAAGAAGAGGUGAAUGACCCUGGCUAUUCCCAAGCUGAACAGAAAACUAUGAUGCCAUUGGUGAAAGUGAAAUUAGAAAAUGUUGAAACUGGUCAUGUGAUUCCUACCACCUGUUGGAAAAAUAAUGAAGAAAAUAACCAAGAAGGAGUUGUAGCUAUGACAGACACACACUUUCAAUCUUCCUGGAAGUGUUAUCAACCCACUUCCAAUUUGCCAACUUGCGCUUCACCCAGAAACCUGCAGGUACUCACUGCUGUAAACACUGCUUCACAGAAAAUUGAAAAUUCUUCUCAUCAUACUGCAAAAAUUCCUGUUAAAAAAAAAAGGACCAUAUCGUGUUAGACUUAUUUUUGACUAUUUUCCAAUAGUCCAAACAUCAGUUGUGAGAUUUCUAGCAGUAAAAAAGUGGGGUAUUUUCUGAUAAUGUUCAGAAGUAUUUGGUUGUUGAAAAAUUCAGAUCUCCCCACGCUUUUUAUAUAUAUAGAAUCCCUAUUUCAUUUACUUAGAGCAUUUAUCUUUGUUGUAGUUCUUAUUCUAUAGGAACAUUAUUUCUAGAGUUUUCCUAUUUUCUCUUCUUAAAUUGUGAUUAAUGUUUCUUUGUUCUGUUUUUCAUUAAAGCUAAAGUGCUACAAAGAUUUUUUUGAAA